AAGAGGGAGGAAGAGGACGUUUGCCUUGUUUGCCUGCAGGAAUCCGGGAGUAAAGUGUCGAAGAUGCUCAGAGCUGAGCUGAGCUGAGCUGAGCUGGUGGUCUGACUUGGAGAGUCGUCGUGCACAAAACAAAGGAAGAAAGAAAAUAGCGUGAGGCUUUGAGGAGGCAAACAAGUUGCACAUCUGGGAGGAGAUGAACACCAACGAUGCCAAGGAGUAUCUGGCACGGCGGGAGAUUCCUCAACUAUUUGAGAGCCUGCUGACAGGUUUGAUGUACCACCGGCCCGAUGAUCCCAUCGACUACUUGGAGGGCUGUCUGAAGAAAGUGCGGGAGCUGGGAGGGCCGGACAAGGUGAGGUGGGAUACCUUUGUGGGCCAGGAGAAGAAGUCGUUGCCGCCCAUCAACGGAGGCCAGUCGCGCCGCUCGCUCUUCAGAAAUGUGAUGCCCAACAGCAGUCCCAAUUUCCCCUACAGACGCUAUGAGCGCCUUCCUCCCAUCAGCCAGUUCUCUAUCGAGAGUGACUCGGACCUGUCAGAGACAGCAGAGCUGAUCGAGGAGUAUGAGGUGUUUGAUCCAUCCAGGCCAAGGCCCAAAGUCAUCCUCGUUAUCGGUGGUCCUGGCAGUGGCAAGGGAACGCAGUGCCUGAAGAUUGCAGAGCGCUACGGCUUCCAGUACGUGUCGGUGGGUGAGCUGCUGAGGAAGAAGAUGAUCCACAACGCCACCAGCAACAGGAAGUGGAGCUUGAUUGCCAAGAUCAUCACCAACGGCGAGCUGGCACCGCAGGAGACCACCAUCACUGAGAUCAAACAGAAGAUCAUGAAGAUCCCCGAUGCUAACGGGAUCGUCAUUGACGGCUUUCCUCGAGACGUUGGACAGGCCUUGUCCUUUGAGGACCAGAUCUGCACUCCUGACCUGGUGCUGUUCCUGGCGUGCACCAACCACCGCUUGAAGGAGCGGCUGCACAAGAGGGCGGAGCAGCAGGGCCGACCUGACGACAAUCCCAAGGCCAUCGACCGCCGCCUCACCAACUUCAAGCAGAACACCAUCCCCUUGGUCAAGUACUUCCAGGAACGCGGCCUCAUCGUCACGCUGGAUGCUGACCGUGAGGAAGAGGAGGUGUUCUGUGACAUCAGCAUGACUUUGGACAACAAGCUGUCCCCCUCCCAAGAGACAGCUGCAGGUGAUCCAAGCGAGCAGGAUGUGAAUGUGCUGGCUGAAAGCAGGAAGAUGGUCGACAUGGCGUGCAAGGAGGAUGAGGAUGAAGAGGAAGAAGAGUUGCUGUACGGUGAAGGAACGGGAGAAAGUUUCUUCACAGAGCCGCCAAAGAAGCCAAAGGUCAUCUUUUUGAUGGGAGCUCCAGGCUCAGGGAAGACGGUACAGUGCGAGCACAUGGAGGCCAAGCUGGGCCUGCGUCGUGUUGUUCUGGCGGAACUGCUGCGUAAGGAAGUGCAAGCUCCCACUGACAGGGGACGCCACCUGCGGGACGUCCUGGAGAGAGGAGAGUGUCUGCCGGAGGCGGCCAUGAUGGACGUGCUGUGCGAGGCGGUGGCGGCGCUGUUGCAUCAAGCGAGGGGCGUGGUCGUCAGCGGCUUCCCCGUGGACGUGCGGCAGGCCCAGCAGUACGAAGCCAAGAUGGGCGAGCCCACUGCCGUCCUCCUGCUCAGCUGCUCCACCCCGCAAAGUCGACAAAGAUCAGCAUCAGACGGAGACAACGCCGCCUCCUUGCGGGAGGACAGCUUCUGGGGCCACGCCCACCCAGUGCUGGAGCACUACCGCCACAGGAACCUGCUGCACACGGUCGCUACUAUUCUAAGUCGUUGUCACACUAAUCAUCAUAACAAGCACAAUCAUAGUCGGAAUUAUUCCAACAAUAAUAGUCACAAUCAUCACAAUCAUCAUUAUUAUGACUGUAAGCAUCAUAGUAAUAAUCACCAUAACAACCAGAGUCAGUGUUGUAAUAAUUGCAAUAACUUUCAUCAUCGUAAGUAAUAAUCAGCAUCAAAAUCAUAAUCAACAUUAUUCUUCUGAUUUGAUGAGGAUGAUUCUUAUUAUUGCAAUCAUAAUCACAGUAAUAAUAUUUGUAACUAUUGCACUAAUAAUGUUCAUUAUCACAACAAUCAUGUGCCUUACACAAGUAUAAUAAUAAUAAUAAUAACCAUCCAUCCAUCUUCUAUGCCGCUUAUCCUAAUUAGGGUCACGAGGGUAUGCUGGAGCCUACCCCAGCUGACUUCGGGCAAGAGGCGGGGUACACCCUGGACUGGUCGCCAGCCAAUCACAGGGCACAUUAAUAGGACACAUGUUUUUGGAAUGUGGGAGGAAACCGGAGAAAAGCCACGCACGCACAGGGAGAACAUGCAAACUCCACACAGAAAUGCCCAACGGAGAAAUCAUCCAAAAAUAUUAAGUAGUUUUACAUUUCAAUAAUAAUAAUAUUGAAUAAUUAUUCAUAAUAAUAGUGGUGGUAAAAGGAUCCUACUUUGUAUAAUCCUAUUGGAGCUAAAAUCAUAAUUAUAAUAGUGGUUGUAAAAAUAAAGGCAUCCUGUGAAUAAUGAAUAUGAUACUUUUAAAUGCUAUUAUUAACUCAUUCAGUCCCAGCCAUUUUUCAAAAGACAACCCCUUUAGUAGCGGCCAUUUUAGAUUAUUUUCACUGAUCUAUCAAGGCACAGAGAAUAUUGUGUUCUAUGGCUAUAGAAACAUGGAACCUACCAAAGACUCCCGUCUUUCAUCAGAAAAAAAAAGUUUGUUUCUACCCUUUUCCGUUCUUUAGCAAUCAGCAGUAGAAUGUAGGUAAGUUUCAGGAAAAUAUCAGUUCCCCGUUGUUUUACAUUAACAAUAUAUGCAGAAAUAUAACACCAUGAACUACAGUAUUUACAAUUUUCACAUUUGGAACUAACUAUGUCUGUGCACGCAUGUGGCCGUGUGUGUGUGCGUGUGCGUUAAAAUUUCCCAUCGGGCAUUAGGGUAUAUAAAAACGCAUGACUACGUCUUUGGUGUUGAAUUAGUCCAAUCAUGUCAUACAUUAUAAUUAAGGCUGUCAAAGUUAACGCGUGUGGACAUUUCCUAUAACGCCACUAUUUUUUUUAAUGCACAAUUAAUAUUAUCCAUCCAUUUUCUAUGCCGCUUCUCCUUUUAGGGUCGCGGGGGCAUGCUGGAGCCUAUCCCAGCUGACUUUGGGCGACAGGCGGGGCACACCCUGGACUGGUGGCCAGCCAAUCACAGGGCACAUAUAGACAAACAAGCAUUCACACUCACAUUCAUACCUAUGGACUAUUUAGAGUCACCAAUUAACCUAACAUGCAUGUUUUUGGAAUGUGGGAGGAAACCGGAGUACCCGGAGAAAACCCACACACACACGGGGAGAACAUGCAAACUCCACACAGAAAUGCCCAAUGAACCCAGGUCUUCCCGAAUGAGAAUAAUGGUUUGAAAAGGGAAGUGGGCCUACUGUGAUUAAUAAGAAAUAUUAUGUACUUUUCAAUAUGCUUUUAAAAGAAAGGGAUCAUAUGAAAUAUUGUGUAGUUUAUUUUAGUUGUAAUAACUUUUGAUGUGGUUCUUGUAUUGAUGUCACUCUUAAUGACUAUUAUUAUAAUAUAUUAUUAUUGCUGAUGAUUUUAUGUGUAAGAGCACCUAAUGACGUGGCAUAUAAAAUAAAAUAUAGUUCAUAUAAACUCGGCUUUAAAUAUCAAAUAAAACAUUUAUAAUCUUGAUUUUUUUUUACACAUCAAUUAAAACGUGUCGUCGUGUUAUAAUAAUAUUACAAACUCUAAGCAUGUUGAAUAAAUAAUAACUAAAAAAUGUAGGCCACCUCUUUUAAUGUGACAGUGAGGACUGAGUGAAGUUUUACGUGAAUAUAAUUAAGGAAAAUUCCAAGCUGCUGGGCAAAAUGGACGAAGGACGCAAGCUGACACUUUCCUCCUUCCGCAGAUCGAUGCUGAGAGGUCACCUGAUGAAGUGUUUGCGCAGAUCUGCCAGGUGAUGGAGACCUCCUGUCACACAUCCUGAAUGACAGUGUGUGUGUGUGUGUGAGAGAGAGAGAAACACACACACACACACAGUGCAUGUUCCAGCUGAUGUUCUCCUGUUUGUCACCUCCAUCCUCUCUCUCGUCUACACACUGAGUGAGUCGGGGGAGGCUAGAUGGGACUAGAGUCCUAGAUGGGACUGCCCCACCCCCCAAGACUGCUUACAUCCUUUGGCUGUGUAUUGUAAAAAGCUUGAGAGGCUCCCCAUCAAGCUAUCAAGUUUUUUGCCUCCUUUCUGCAUUCACUGAUGGAAAAACUCGUUUGUUUGCAAGCUUGCUAAUGUGAGGCUCAUAUUUACAUGACAAUAAAUACUCUGCAUUUUC